CUUUUCAAUGAUUUAUUCAAGAAUAAUGCAAACCGCUCUGAGAAUACAGAAAGACGACAAAACCAGAACUACUUCAUGGAAAUGAUGACUGUAGAAGGAGUUUAUGACUACUUGAUGUAUGUUGGUAGGGUAGUUUUCCGCAUUCCUGACUGGCUUCAUCACCUCUUGAUGGGAGGAAGAAUUCUCUUCAAAAACACACUGGAGCUGUACACGGACUAUUACUUGGAUUAUAAGUUAGAACAGCUGUUUCAGGAGCACCGGUUGGUUUCUCUGAUAACGCUGCUGAGAGAUGCUGUGUUCUGUGAAAAUACCGAACCUCGUUCUCUCCAGGAUAAACAGAAGCGGGCAAAGCAGACUUUUGAAGAAAUGAUGAGAUACAUUCCAGAUUUAAUAGGCAAGUGCAUUGGGGAAGAGGCGAAAUACGAAGGCAUCAGGCUUCUGUUUGACGGGAUGCAGCAACCGGUGCUCAACAAACAGUUAACUUACGUUCUGCUGGACAUCGGGAUUCAGGAACUCUUUCCAGAGCUGAGUAAGGGUCCAAAGGAAGCCAGCUGCGUGUCCUCUUGGAUGUGAACGCAGGGACCUUGCUGGACGCCCAGCAGCAACAUCGGCUGUUGUAAUGGACGCGUGAUAUUUUCCCCCUUGCACUGUACAUUUCCUUGUAAAUAACGUAAAAUUUUAAGUUCUUAAAAAAAAAAUCUCUUUAUGCAAUAAAGACAUUAAAAUUUAAUACCAGUUACA